CCUUUCUACAUCCGGGUUAGUGACUGAGCUUCCUGGGUUUCCUAAAAGAAGAAGAUAUACUGAGACCCAUCUACUGGCAGCUUGUUGCAUACAAGUUCUUUGACGAGGACAUGUCAUGUAACUGUCCAAAGAUGUCAAGUGCCAACUUUGAAAUGGAACCGGAACAGGAGUUUGCAGAGGAACAUGCUCGAAUGACAUCAUUUUCCAAUUUCCCAAGCACCUGCCCAAUCUCAGCUCCAGCACUCGCCCGUGCUGGAUUUUAUUACACUGGAAUUGAGGACAGAGUCAAGUGCUUUAGUUGUCAAGGAAUCGUUGAAGGUUGGCAACAUGGCGACACUGCUAUAGGAAAACAUCGGAAAAUAUCCCCAAACUGCAAGUUCAUUAAUGGAUUUCAUGUAACAAGCGAUUGCAUCCAGACUCAAGUACCUGUUAUUCCAAAUUCAAAUCCACACAUUGAUGGAAAUUGUUCACAAGAUAUAGCUAACAAUGUGAUGCAUGUAUCCAGUUCUGUAUACAAUUCAGACUUCUUGUUGAGGACUGGAAGAGUUGUUGAUGAGUCCAAAGCCAAAUAUCCAAAAUACCCAGAUAUGUGUGAUGAAGAAAAUAGACUGAAAACAUUUCAUAACUGGCCAAAUUAUGUCCGCAUAACACCAAAAGAGCUUGCCGCUGCAGGUCUUUUCUAUUCCGGCAUCAAUGAUCAGGUGAAAUGUUUCUGUUGUGGUGGAAAAUUAAUGAACUGGGAGCCAAGUGAUAAAGCAUGGACAGAGCACAAGAGGCAUUUUCCUGAAUGUUUUUUUGUCUUGGGUCGAGACGUAGGGAAUGUGACCCAUGAGUCCAGUGGAACAUCAAACAGCAGUAGACAAGGUUCUGAAAUCACUGAUAAUCCAGGCAUGAACCAAUACAAGGCUCGCUUGGAUAGUUUUGCUCAAUGGGUGUUUUCCACUAACAAAGAGGCACUCGCUAAAGCUGGUUUUUAUAGCAUUGGUGAAAGAGAUGUAACAAAAUGCUAUUGUUGUGGUGGAGUAUUAAAAGACUGGAAGCUUAAAGAAGAUCCAUGGGAAGAACAUGCAAAAUGGUAUCCAGGGUGCAAAUUUCUCAUAGAAAAAAAGGGCCAGCAUUUUAUAAAUACCAUCCAGCUAAUGCGACCCUUGGAAAAGAAGAUGGCGGCAUGUGCAGAAAAUACUCCUACUUUACCUGCUGAUAGUGAAUUAAUGAAGAAUCCAUUGGUGACUGGUGCCCAAAAAAUGGGUUUCAAUUUCGAGGACAUAAAGAUGGCAAUGAGAAAAAAACUGGAGGCUACAAGAGAAAUAUAUACAUCAAUUGAAAUCUUGGUGUCAGACUUGCUAAACGCUCAGAUUGAAAUAGAUGAUGAAAAGCCCAAGGAGAAAGAGAGCAGCAUUGAGGAAAAACUGAGACAGCUGGAGGAGGAGAAAAUCUGCAAACUGUGUAUGGACAAAGGAAUAUCCAUUGUCUUCAUCCCAUGCGGCCAUCUUGUGGCUUGUGUAGAAUGUGCAGAACAGGUUGACAGGUGUCCCAUUUGUUGCAUGGUUAUUCAAAGAAGACAGAGAAUAUUUAUGUCUUAAACCAAAUUCACAAACACUAGACUUUGAUCUUUUGUAAAAUAACUAUUUCAACUGAAUCAUUAAAAUUAUAUAAAUAUAAACACUGGAGCUGUGCCUUGGAAAUGUGCAUGUGUCAUAAAUACAUUUUUUUUUUAAAAAUGUAUUUAAUGCAAUUGGCAAAAAUACAACUUGCUUUGUGGUUACUGAAUCCAUUUACAAACUCGAAAAUAAUCUAUCAAAUUAUAUUCUCCAUCUAUGGGUGUGUACAAAAAAAAGUAGGCAUUAAUUAGAAAAAAAACCUCUUGACUAUCAGAGCACUGUUGGUCACGGACUAUGACCGUUUUAAUCACCAAAAUUAUGCUUUUGCCAUCCCAUCUCUGAUAGUAAUAGUUUGUUGAUAAUAAGACCAGUGGUGUUUUAAUCUACAAAUAAUUGUAUCUAUGCAUUGUGUUUGCUUGGCAAAAAGGACAAUGUAUAGGUUUACAGACAAACUUAAUAUAAACUGGAAGACCCAAUAGCCAGUUCUAGACAAGCUGUGUGGAUUAACUGCCCGAAUGUUCCACCACAUCCAUCUUCAACUGACAUGAGAUCUUCAAGCCUGUAGUAAUGGAUUAUUGAAACAGGAAUGUAAUGAAUGAGUCCUCUUUAUAUUUUAGUUUCAUACAAUUUGUGUGUGUGUGUCAUCGUAAUUAUGGUAUACAUUUUACCUGUCUCUGACUAGAGUUAAUAAUUGCAUAUUUACAAAUGGUUCUAGCCUUGUAAUUCGCAGUGAUGAUUAAGAAAUUAGCCCACUGAUUACUCAUUUGAUUACACUAUAAUGGGAAAAUGUGAUAGUGUGAUGGCUUUUUAGAAUAGUGUGAAUGUAGAGCCAAGUUUUAGAAGUGCAGAAAUCACAAUGGAAACCAGUAGAAUACCCCUGCUCAUUCCACUGGUUUCCAUAGUAAUUACUUCACUUUUAAAGCUAUGACCCACUUUUCACUUAUUGAUACUGGUAUGAUCUCCUCAGUGUGCUUUGUACAGCUUGCCUUAGAUAAUGUGCAGUGGCAAUUACUAGAGAAUGAUUGACUGCAUUCUGAUUAAUCUUGUUAGUACAGUGUAUCAUUUUGAUGGACAAUGCAAACACUGUAAUUAAGGCAAACACAGCAGACCUGAUUGGCAACAAGUAAUUUUAAAAUUAAGCAGUCACUGAAAAGUGACAUCACAUAGAACAAGGCCUAGCAUCCCUAUAGUGGUGAUCAAAGACUUUGUUUAUUAGGAUAUAAUCUGAACGUGCUUUGAAAUUUACAUCAUAUAGAUGGAAAAUUACAUUACAGAAGUAUGAACGAUGUUUCAUAAUGUUACACUUACUACUUCCAUGGUAUCUAAUGAGCUGCACCUAAUUGCUGGAUAAGUCUAAAAUACUAAUGCACUGGAAAUGAAAAGUCAGGUAUAUGGAAUAUCUGUGUGUAUAAUGCAAUAGAAUUUAAAAAAAUUGUAUAAUUUAAAUGUGUAUAUAUAUGAAUGGAUUUUCAUUUGGAUAAUGCACUUGUUUGAUUCAUUGUACCUUUUAAACCUUUUGUGAUAUGUCAGGCCAGGUCUUGACCUAGAUGGGUUUUUUUCUGAGCCCUUUGUUCCUAAAGGGUUAACUUUUUCCUCUGUGGCUUUCCAUAUUCCAGUAAUUUUAUCAUGAUUUAAAUGCUUCAUUCUCUAGUGUAAAACAUAUUUAAAGGGCUCAAGUUUAGCCAGUCUUGGAAUCUGGUUAGACCAGACUUUGAUUAUGGAGAAACGUGCUUCCUGGUCUGUCUAUUUUUGUUCUUACUCAUAUACAACUGUAAACUAAAUACUAAAGCAGUGACAGCUCACCUUUGCACCUUAGAUGGUUUUAAAAUAUGGGGGUUAUGUAUAAAUGGUGCAAUCUCCAAAACUAAGCAUGCUCUUGUUUGUCAUUUUUUUACUUUUGCGCCUGUACAUUAUGUAUAAAGAUACUUAAACUGGAUUUAUUCUCCUAUUUGUGACUUUUAUUUACAAUGUUGAUGAUGUCAAAUACAAGCAAUGCAAAAAUCA